AAAAAAAAAAAAGACAAGAAAAAUGCAGAAUCAAAGGCUGAAGCUGCAGCAGCAACAACAUCAACAAGCUAUGAUUCAGCAAGCUAUGAUGCAACAACAACAUCCUUCUCUUUAUCAUCCUGGUGUUAUGCCUCCUCCUCAGAUGGAGCCUUUGCCAAGUGGAAACCUUCCUCCUGGUUUUGAUCCCAGUACUUGCCGUAGUGUGUAUGCUGGCAACAUUCACACGCAGGUCACGGAGGCUCUUCUUCAAGAGAUUUUUGCAGGCGCUGGUCCUAUUGAAAGCUGUAAACUCAUCAGAAAGGAUAAGUCAUCAUAUGGAUUUGUUCACUACUUCGAUCGUAGAUUUGCUGCUAUGGCUAUAAUGACUCUUAACGGAAGGCAUAUAUUUGGACAGCCUAUGAAAGUUAAUUGGGCGUAUGCAACUGGUCAGAGGGAAGAUACAUCAAGUCAUUUCAACAUUUUUGUUGGAGAUCUCAGUCCAGAGGUUACUGAUGCAGCAUUGUUUGAUAGCUUUGCUGCCUUUAAUAGCUGCUCGGAUGCAAGAGUAAUGUGGGACCAGAAAACUGGACGCUCAAGGGGCUUUGGGUUUGUUUCCUUCCGGAAUCAGCAGGAUGCUCAAACUGCCAUAAAUGAGAUGAAUGGUAAGUGGUUAAGUAGUAGACAGAUCAGAUGCAACUGGGCGACAAAAGGUGCUACUUUUGGCGAAGACAAACAUAGCUUUGAUGGUAAAAGUGUUGUGGAACUUACAAACGGCUCUUCAGAGGAUGGUAGAGAGCUCGCAAAUGAAGAUGCCCCUGAAAACAAUCCUCAAUAUACAACUGUUUAUGUAGGAAACCUCUCUCCAGAAGUAACUCAGCUUGAUCUACACCGUCUAUUUUAUGCACUUGGCGCUGGAGUGAUUGAAGAGGUCCGUGUCCAGCGGGACAAAGGGUUUGGUUUUGUGAGAUAUAACACUCAUGAAGAGGCUGCUCUUGCUAUCCAGAUGGGCAACGCUCAGCCUUUCCUCUUUAGCAGACAGAUAAAGUGUUCGUGGGGAAGCAAACCAACUCCAUCAGGCACAGCCUCAAACCCACUCCCCCCACCAGCCCCGGUCUCAGUCCCUACUCUAUCUGCAAUGGACCUCUUAGCCUAUGAGAGACAACUGGCUAUAGCUAAGAUGCAUCCUCAGGCUCAACAUUCUCUAAGGCAAGGAGGUCUUGGAGUCAAUGUAGCUGGAGCAAGUGCAGCUAUGUACGAUGGUGGCUUUCAGAAUGUAGCUACGGCACAUCAGCAGCUCAUGUACUAUCAGUAAUAAACUCUGGUCCUAGCUCUUGUGAUACUUUUUUUUUUCUUUCUCUUUCUUCCUUUCUUCUUAAUUUUAAGUUUUUCUUGCUUUUUUUCUAGACCUGGUUCAAGAGUUUUUAUGUAUGUGUCUCUUAUUAAAGCAUUUGGUUUUUAUUUAUGUAUGGAGAGCUUGAUGCUCAGUUUGUAACUUAUGGGUCUUACUUGGAUUGUAAGCAAGCAAUAAGAUGACAUCAAAUAAAAGGGAUUUAGUUUUGGGGAUUUUAUGUU